AUGUCGCCGAUGAAGUGCUGGGCUACGAAGUUGUCGGGGCACUCCAACAAACACGCGCUCAAGGUGACCCAAUUGAAGCUCGAUUUGGGACUCUUCGGAGCCACCCUGGGUGCCCCAAACGACAAGGUCGCCUUCCAAAUAACAGGGACUGCUACCAAGAAAGAAAAACCUUCCACUUCUUCGAAGCCCAAAACGACACCUCUCUCAUUCUCUCCCUUUUCAAAACGACAAAGCUCUCACACAACCUCUUCCCGUAGGCUCAUCAGUUCCAAAUCCCCCUCUCUAACAUGGGAUGCCCGCGACCUCUGCGCUUUUCAUCUCCUUCUCAAAGACGACUCCCUCGAUGUUUGUGACCUGGCACUUCUUGUCUUAUAUGGAGAAGGAGGUGGGGAAGAAGCGAAAGCAAAAGCGAAGAUGACGGCGGUCGGAAAAGCGGAAAUGAGCGUUGCGUUGGCGGAGUUGGUGGGGAGGGAGGAGAAGAAGAAGACGAAGUCCAGUUCUCAUAAUCACUUCCAAAAGAGGCUUCCAAUCAAGUUGAGGGUCAAUGGUAUAUGCAUAGAAGCUACCCUUUUGGUUUCUUUAAGAUUAUUGAAGUUGAGAGAUUCUAAUUCUAAGGAUGACCCAGUGUUAGCAAGACCAUUUGAAAAUAGUGCCCAGCAAGAGAAGAAACAUGGGAUUAUAGAGAAAGUAAAGCAUUUGACAAGUUUGGGAAUGAAGAAUAAUGACAAGAUUGACGAAUCAAAACAAAGCAGUCCUUAUGACUCGGAUAGAUCCCCCAUGCUUGACUCAGAUGAUUCAUCGAACGAUUCCAACACAAGCAGUGGUCGCAACAAUAAUAGAACUCACAACACACAAUCAACAUUUACAAAUGGCUCUGAGAGGUUAAAAACCUCUAGGACAAAGACUGAUUUACAGAGGAAUAGAAGCACCGAUGAGUGGAACUUUAAGACAUCCAUUAAACAACAGAUUCAAACAUCCUACCCUGGUCCUUUCACGAAAUCAAAUGAACUUUUUUUACAAGUAUACCAAAAAGACACAUCAAUAAGUUGGGAAUUCAAGGAGAUUAAAUGUAGAGAUGGGAAGACAAAGCUCAAAACCAAUGUAUUUUUUGCUUCCUUUGACCAAAUGAGUGAAAAAGCUUGUGGUGAGAGUGCAUGCACAGUUUUAGUUGCACUCAUAGCCCAUUGGCUCCACUGCAACGAUGGUAUGCCAACAAGAGUGCAAUUUGAGAAACUCAUCACACAAGGUUCAUCUCAGUGGAGAAGGCUAUGUAACAAUGAUUACUACUCAAAGCUCUUCCCAGAUAAACAUUUUGAUCUUGAGACAAUCAUUGACGCCAAUCUAAGACCUCUUAUUGUUCUGCCUCAUAAAUCGUAUACGGGGUUUUUCUCCCCUGAGAAGUUUCAGUGCUUAAAAGGAGCCAUGUCUUUUGAUGAGAUUUGGGAUGAGAUAAAGAGCAAGGUGGGUGAUCAUGAGCCAAGAAUUUACAUAGUUAGUUGGAAUGAUCAUUUCUUUGUGUUGAAGGUAGAAAGAGAUGCUUACUACAUCAUUGACUCUUUAGGGGAGCGACUUUUUGAAGGUUGCCAACAGGCAUUCAUAUUGAAGUUUGAUGAUUCGAGUGUGAUUUAUAAGAAAAUGGAAAAAGCAAAAGAGGAGCCUUCAAAGGGAAUUGGUGGUGGUGGGAGUGAGAAAAGUGAUAGGAAAAGUCAUGAGAUAAUUUGUCAUGGAAAAGAGUGUUGUAAAGAGUUCAUCAAACGCUUUUUGGCUGCUAUACCACUUUGGCAACUGGAGAAGGAGGAGAGGAAAUGGAGUGUUUCAAGUCCUAAUCUUCAUCGACAAUUGCAGAUUGAUUUUCAUUAUAGCUUUUCUUCCUCUUCUUCGUCGUCAUCAUCUUCUGCUGCUACUUCAACUGAUUCUUUGUGGUCUCUCAUAUCAAGUGGGUCAUUAGAAGCAUAA